AUGCAGGGCUUCCUUUUGGGCACCCUCGGUGCUUGUCCUUCUCUUUCUCCCACUGCUAUAUCUUCGCCGCCGCCGCAGGUGUUCAUAAACUUCCGUGGAGAAGAUCUUCGCUACGGCUUCGUCAGCCACCUCGAAGAAGCUUUGAAGAGACGUCAUAUCAACUUCUUCAUCGACAAACACGAAGAGAGAGGAAAAGAUCUGGAAACCCUCUUCAAGAGGAUCGAAGAAUCGUCCAUCGCUCUCGCCAUUUUCUCCAGGAGGUAUGCCGAAUCGGGGUGGUGCUUGGACGAGCUCGUUAAGAUGAUGGAGUGCGUGGAGAUGAAGAGGCUGCGUGUAAUUCCCAUCUUCAUCAAGGUCGAGCCCAGAGACGUGAGGGAGCAGAAGGGAGAUUUCGGCACAAGGUUCUGGAAACUUGCCAGGUCCUCUCGGGGUGUACAGAUCAUGAAAUGGAAACAUGCUUUGUGUUCAGUCACCAACAAGAUGGGCUUGACUCUUGGCGAAAAGCGCUACGAGAAUGAUUUCAUAGAAGAAAUCGUUGUGGAGAUUGAGAGAAUGCUAAAUGCGAAAUGGAAAAAGGUGUUGUAUAUAUGA